GGUGACGGCGCCGCUCCCGGGCCCCCCCGCUCCUCUCCGGUCCCUAGACCCCGGGACCCUCCAGCUGGCUCAGCACGGCUCAGCCUGGCUCAGGAGGGCGGGGGCCAGGGAGGGGGCCCCCCUGGGCUCGCCUCCCAAGGGGAGCGGGCCGGGGCGAGGAGCAGAGCAGCCCCGGCCCCGACGGAGAGGAGGAGAGAGAAGUUGUUCCCGCUCCGGGGAAUGCCGAGCCCCUCCCUCCUCCGCGCGUCCGGCUCCGGAAACCUGGGCGCUUUCCUCGGAUUGCUCCCGGGGCCCCUCGUGCCCUGCGCCCGCUCUCGCACCCCCGCGCUCCCGGGCCAUGUCGCUCGUGGGUCGGGCAGUAUGGCGAGUGGAGCGGGCCGGGGGCGGGGGCUGGCGCUGGGAGAGGGCGAUCGGAGUGGACUGCAGCUCCCCGGAGCCGCGCUGCCUCUGGCUUCCGAGUCUCCGCCACGAAGACCGGUGGCUGUCGGGGCUCCACCGUCGGGGGACAGCUACUAGGGGCAGGCCUCCACUGGGCCCGAGAGAUGCGUGCUCUCCCGGACCCCCCCAUCUCUGGCCAGGGCCCAGGACACUGCUGUUACACAAGAAUCCCCAAGAUGGUUUUGGCUUUACCCUCCGGCACUUCAUUGUCUACCCGCCAGAGUCAGCUGUGCACUGUGGUGUAAAGGAGGAAGAGAAUGGAAAUCGAGGAGGGCCCUCCCUCCGGAGCCACCUGGAGCCCAUGGACACCAUCUUUGUCAAGAAUGUGAAGGAUGAUGGCCCUGCCCACCAAGCUGGGCUUCGGACAGGAGACCGGCUGGUGAAAGUGAAUGGGGAGAGCAUCAUCGGGAAGACCUAUUCACAAGUUAUUGCACUGAUCCAGAACAGUGAUGAUGCCUUGGAACUCUCCAUCAUGCCCAAGGAUGAGGACAUCCUCCAGCUGGCUUAUUCCCAGGAUGCCUACCUAAAAGGGAACGAGCCAUAUUCUGGAGAAGCCCGGAGCAUCCCAGAGCCACCGCCACUCUGUUACCCGCGAAAGACCUACGCGUCACAGCCCCGGGCCUCGUCCCGGGUCACCAUGGUGUCUGAGCCCCACUCGGCACCCCCCACCGACCACUGGCGCCCUUCCCCCUGGAGUGAGCCUGGCUACCGGGCCCCAUCGUCCUGCCCCCACCCAGACAACGCCUCUUUUGGGAUGAGCCAGCCGCGCCCCAAUCCUAGUGCCUUUCCCCGCCUUGCUCCUGAUCCUCGGACUUCCCGUGCCUUCCAGGACCCUGGGGUCCGGGCACCCCCAAGCAAACUGGAAUGCCAGCAGGCACUGUCCCACUGGCUGUCGAAUCAGGUGCCUCGGAGGAGUGGAGAGGGGCGGUGCCCAGUUAUGCCCCCUCGCGCUCGAAGUGUCUCCCAGGACCGGCUGGGAGAUGUUGUGGCCCAUCGACCGUGGCCCUGCUCUGCCUCCCAGGAUACCCUGUGUCAUCUGGGGCACGAGGGAUGGCAUCGAGCCCGAUCCGACGACUACCUAGGCCGCUUUGUCCGCUCCGCUGAGGCACUGGGGCCGGGGACACUGGUGUCUCCCCGGUUUGAGCACUCUGGGUGGGUGCCCCAACGUACGCCAACCCGACCCCCGACCUGCCUGCCCCAGGACCCCCCAGGACCGAAGCCCCCAGCUCAGCCCACUCAUCCCAGCUUGGAUGAUGCAGGUUACAUUGGGUACCGAAGUUAUAGCCCCUCUUUUCAGCGCCGGACUGGUCUUCUUCAGGCCCUUUCUUUCCGGGACUCUCCCUUUGGAGGGCUACCUACCUUCAAUCUCCCCCAACCAUCUGCCCCACAUUCAGCUGAGUCCUCAGAGCCACUCAGGGUUACACGGCCAGAGCCUAACACCCAGCCACCAGAGCUGCCCCCCGAAGAGCGGAGGGAGGAGGUGGUUCUCCGACAGAAACCACCCACUGGGCGCAAGGCUCAGCAGCCUUCCCCGAGGCAGAUGAACUUUGGGUUUGGUGAUGAGACCUCAGAACCUGAGUCAAGCGGGCAAGGAGAACAUCCAAGCAGGAAGGUGGCCCCCUUGGCAGCUGCUGAAGACUCACUGGCAUCCAUUCCCUUCAUAGAUGAGCCUACCAGCCCCAGCAUUGACCUAAAAGCCAAGCAUGUACCAGCCUCAGCCGUUGUGUCCAGUGCCAUGAACUCUGCCCCUGUGAUGGGCACCAGCCCAUCCUCCCCAACCUUCACCUUUGCCCUUGGCCGCCACUACUCACAAGACUGCAGCAGCAUCAAGGCCGGCCGACGAUCAUCCUACCUUCUGGCCAUCACCACCGAGCGUUCCAAGUCAUGUGAUGAUGGCCUUAACACUUUCCGGGAGGAGGGCAGGAUACUCCGACGACUCCCUAAUCGAGUGCCCAGCCUUCGAAUGCUGCGAAGCUUCUUCACAGAUGGGUCCCUGGACAGUUUGGGCACAUCAGAAGAUGCUCCCUCCAAGAGGCAUUCAACCUCUGACCUCUCAGACAUGACUUUUAGUGAUAUCAGAAGAGAAGGCUGGUUAUAUUUUAAGCAGAUCCUUACCAAGAAGGGAAAGAAAGUGGGUGGUGGCCUGCGCCAAUGGAAACGUGUCUAUGCUGCGCUCCGGGCACACUCACUCUCCCUGGGCAAGGAGCGGCGAGAGGCUGGUACGGCGGCGGGCGCAGGUGAGGAGGAGACGGCGCCCGUCUGCAUCAGCUCGUGCCUGGUGGACAUCUCCUACAGCGAGACCAAGAGGAGGCACGUGUUCCGGCUCACCACCGCUGACUUCUGUGAAUAUCUCUUUCAGGCUGAGGACCGUGAUGAUAUGCUGGGCUGGAUCAGAGCGAUCCGGGAAAACAGCAGGGCUGAGGGCGAGGACCCUGGCUUUGCCAAUCAAGCUCUGAUCAGCAAGAAGCUUAAUGAGUACCGAAAAGUAAGCCAUAUCUCUGGCCCCAAAGCAGACUCCUCUCCCAAGAGCUCCAGAGUAAUAGCGGGCCUCAAGUCAGAGCUCCUGAAGCAGAAUAUUCCCCGAUCUCCCCGGACCCAGGAUCUUCCUUCAGGGACCAAAGAUGACAGUGCUGCAACUUCAAGAGCCCCCUGGGGCAUCAACAUCAUGAAAAAGAACAAGAAGCCCUCUCCGAGGGCAUUCGGGGUUCGUCUGGAAGAGUGUCAACCCGCUGCAGACAACCAGCGAGUACCGCUGAUUGUGUCAGCGUGCUGCCGCAUGGUGGAGGCAAGGGGGCUCGAGUCCAUGGGCAUUUACCGAGUGCCUGGCAACAAUGCUGUCGUCUCUAGUCUUCAAGAGCAGUUAAACCGAGGGCCGGGGGACAUCAACCUUCAAGAUGAGCGCUGGCAAGACCUCAAUGUCAUCAGCAGUCUCCUCAAGUCAUUCUUCAGAAAACUGCCAGAGCCUCUGUUCACUGAUGAUAAAUACAAUGACUUCAUUGAGGCCAAUAGGAUUGAAGACUCCAGAGAGAGAAUGAAAACACUGCGGAAACUGAUCCGGGAUCUUCCUGGUCACUACUAUGAAACGCUCAAAUUCCUUGUGGGGCACCUGAAAACCAUUGCUGAUCACUCAGAAAAGAACAAGAUGGAGCCCCGUAACCUCGCUCUAGUAUUUGGACCCACACUAGUGAGAACAUCUGAAGACAACAUGACAGACAUGGUGACUCACAUGCCUGACCGGUACAAGAUCGUAGAGACACUAAUCCAGCACUCGGACUGGUUCUUCAGUGAUGAUGAAGAAAAGGGAGAGAGAACUCCAGUUGAUGAAAAGGAAUCUCAGUCAGUGCCCAAUAUAGAGUACCUACUGCCCAACAUUGGCAGGACGGUGCCCCCAGGAGAGGCAGGUUCAGAUUCUAUCAACUGUGGUUCCACCAAAUCCAAGGGCUCGUGGGCCCCAAAGAAAGAGCCGUACACCCGGGAGAUGCUGGCGAUCUCCUUCAUCUCGGCGGUCAACCGCAAACGCAAGAAGAGGUGCGAAGCUCGGGGGCUGGGGAGCAGCACUGACGAUGACUCGGAGCAGGAGGCUCACAAGCCCGGGAUGGGAGCACCAUCGGCAGCGCCUUCGGCGGCGACCCAGGACGGCCCCGAAGGGCAGCCACCGGAAGCCGAAGACGCCGGGACCCCGAGCCACCCCAGCCCCCCGCGGGUCCCCAAAGAGGAGGCUGGGGAACGGCCCGCCGCCGAUACCCGCUCCAUAGUCUCCGGCUACUCCACCCUGUCCACCAUGGACCGCAGCGUGUGCUCGGGGGCUGAGGGCCGCGGCGGAGGCGGAGGGGGCGCCGGCGACGAGGCGGACGACGAACGCAGCGAGCUGAGCCACGUGGAGACGGAUACGGAGGGCGGCGGCGGGCCGCGCCCGGGGCCGGAGGGCCGGCUGCCCCGACGGCCCUCCUUCAGUUCUCACCACCUGAUGCACUGCGAUACUCUGGCCCGCCGGCGCCUCUCCCGUAGCCGGCCCGACGGAGACGACGGGGGCGUCGGGAGCCGGGCUCCCCAUUCCCCCGCCGACCUCGCCGGUUCCGCCUCGUCCAGCAGCCAGGAGUCGCUGCGGCCGCCGCCCGCAGCGGGGGGGAAGGCGGCCCUUACCGCCCGCCCCUCGCUGACCGAGCAGCUACGGCUGCGGCUCCGGGGCUCGGCUGACGACAUGUUCGGGGUGAAGCUCCGGAGGCCCGUCUCCCCCGAAACCCGCCGCCGCCGCAGCAGCUGGAGGCGGCACACAGUGGUGGUGCAGAGUCCCCUCACCGACCUCAACUUCAACGAGUGGAAGGAGCUGGGGGACAGCGGCGGCCUGACCGCCGGAGAAGGGCCCCGGCCUCACAGUGACAAUAAGGACUCGGGUCUCAGCAGCCUAGAGUCAACCAAAGCUCGGCCCUCCUCCAGCUCCACUUCGCCGCCCCCUCAGGCCGGGGAGCUGGCCAGCUCGCGCAGCCAGGCGCCCCGUCGGACGGCUACGUCCCGGCUCCACCAGUGUCUGUGACACGGCGCUCACCGCCACGGAGUCGCCUUUCUGUUCUUGUGCCCCCCAGCUUUAGAUCUCGGGGAUACGGGUGGGGCUGCUUCUGUCCCUCCAGAGUCACCUUUAUUUUUCUGCUUGGCCAGAUAGAUGGAAAAGACAAGUGAAGUCUCUUGCGUUUACGUUUUUGUGCUGGAAUUGGUGAGAGAGAAGAAAAUGGGAAGUUGGGGGGACAAAGUGAGAGCGAGUGAAGAGGACAGGGAUGGCAAAAGAGAGCAAGUCAGGGAGAGAAGAGAAGCAGAUAAGCCCUGGAGAGAGAAGGGAGGAGAAUGUAGGAAAGAUGGUUAAGUGGGGUCAAGGUCCAGGCGUUCUGUGAUCACCUGGAUGUUUGCUUCUGUAUUUCCCUCUUGGAGCCCUACACCCCCGAGCCCAAACAUCCCCUUUUACCUAUGCAGGGGAAGGGCACUCCCUGGUUUUAUUCUAAAGGAAAGAUGAAUGAUGCCAGUUGCUUAUUUCUCUCCCUAUCCUGACCCCCGCACUAGUCAUGGCUACCUGAUUCUCGGAGUUAGGGAGGGGAGUAAACAAUUCCGUAUCUCUCGGAGCUAUUGUGUGUAGGGGCUGGGGGGAGCUAGGUAUUAUGUGGAUGUAUGCCCUGUGUGUGUAUGUCUGUAUUUGUGUGCACUGUAAUCCCAGCCAACAAAUUUCUGUAGCAGUUUGCAACCUGUCCCCAGCUGUCUAUAAGCGUCCCCGCUAAAAGUCAAAACUUGCUUCUUCCCACCGUGCUGACUGGGCCAUCCUUCCUCCCUCCCCCACUUUGUUCCUUGCUGCUUGUCCGAGUGAGAUCUGAGGGAGAAACUGGGUCUCCCUUCCCUGAGACAAAGACAAACAUCGGGAUUUCACCUGACUCUAAACGUUUGCCAAAUGUCUCAGAGCUCGGAUCAGCACCCCAGAAAGGGCUUUGACCAUGGGGAGCUGCAGUAGCAAGAUCCCCAUAGUUUUUUUUGGAGGGGGGGAGACUUUAGGUGCUUCCUUCUACUUCCCUCUACUUAUCUUUUUAUUCUUCCAACCCAGUCUGCUCUUGUUUUCAGGACUUGAGUAUCUGGGCCACCAUUUCCCUUGGGGGACAAGGAUCACUGCCACCCACGAUCACCUACACAUACACAACCCACGGGCUAAGAAAUCAAGUUGUUCCCUUCAAGGUGGGUGGGUGGGUGGGUAGGACUGCCACCUCUCUCCCCACAUUGUAAAUAGACUGAAAAUAACCAGAUGACUCCACCCCACUCCAAAAUCCAGUCAUUCCAGGGAAGCCUCAACGGGGAUUUCAUUUUCAAUGGCUGGUAGUCCUAUUUUAUGCAAAGAUUUGCUGUAAAGUGGAUUUCUCUCCCCAUCCCUUUUUUUGUAAAUAGUGUCUUUAAAUGUGUAACAUAUUAUAAAGAAUUUAUAAGGAUUUUUAAAGAUGUUUCACUCAUUUAAAAAGUGCUGUAACAGUGUUGGAUAAAUUCUACUUUCUCCCCCAACUCUUCCCCUCCCAUCUCCGCAUGUCUCUUCUUUCCAUGUGUCAUUGGGACACCUUUCUUUAGGCAACAACUAAAAGUUUCUGCUUCUGAAGAAUCCUGUCUUAAAAGUGCAGUCUAUAUAUUGGAAAUAAAUGGCCUUCUUCAAA